AUGAACAACGUGGACUACAAGGAGGUGACGCUCCCGAAUUAUUCCUACGUAUUUAAUUUCGAGGAGACGUUCAGCCACCACGAGACCAAGCAAUGGAUGAUGGAAAAUUGGACGAACGGUUUUUAUUACUGCGGACUUUACAUGAUCCUAAUAUUCGGCGGACAACACUACAUGGCCAGCAGGCCCAGAUUCGAACUCAGGGGAAUACUGUGUCUUUGGAAUACGCUAUUGGCUACCUUUUCUAUCAUCGGCUUCACCAGAACGGCGCCUGAGUUAAUACACGUUCUUAGACAUCACGGUUUGCACCACAGCAUUUGUAUACCAAGUUUUAUCGAGCAAAAUUGCGUGUCGGGCUUCUGGACGUGGAUGUUCGUGCUGUCGAAACUACCCGAGCUCGGCGACACGGUCUUCAUCGUGUUGCGCAAACAACCGCUAAUCUUCCUGCACUGGUAUCAUCAUAUCACCGUUUUAUUAUACUCCUGGUUUUCGUAUUCGGAGUACACUGCGUCCGCGCGAUGGUACAUCGUGAUGAACUACUGCGUCCACUCGAUCAUGUACAGCUACUACGCCCUUAAAGCAAUGCGAUACAGGCCACCUAAAGCAAUCUCCAUGGUGAUCACUACGCUCCAGCUUACCCAAAUGGUGAUCGGCUGCAUUAUCAACAUACACGCCUACCAGUACCUGGAGAGUGGCUACGCCUGCAACAUCACCCGCAUGAAUAUCCGUUUUAGUUUCGCGAUGUACUUGAGUUAUUUCGUCCUAUUCGCGCGAUUCUUCCAUAAGUCGUACCUGGCUGGAAAGAAGACCGAAGACAAGAAGCACUUUACCAAUAGCGCAUCUGGUCACAUCAGCUAUAACGACAAGCUCAAAGCCAAUUAAGAUGGUUACUUGGCACACUAGGGCGCCUGGACGCCCUUUUCUCUAUCUUACCUUCUUUUCUCCUUCUUUCCCUAAUUCUCUUCUCUUUUUUCUCACGCCGCUGGUCGACGUAGCCAUACAUCCAGGAUCUAUUUAUACUAGGAAAUAUUAGGGUUUAACGGCUUCUAGGAUUCACGUGUUCAGUGGAUACUAUUGCUAAACUUAAAGAUUUACGGACUGUGAUGCAAUUAUUUAACUGUAAUAUAUGGUUGUUUUCAUUUGCCUUUCGUACUUCAAAAUUAUUUUAUUAUAUAAUUAUCUAUUAAUAAUAUUAAUUGAAAUAUUAAUUGAAUUUGUGUUUUCAUAUAUUUUUUUAAUUGUAACACUGUUACAUAUAUUUUUUAAACGUGAUUUUUGGUACUCUUUUAAUUUUAGAAUUAAGGUUUUACCUUAAUUUUAUUAAUAAUAAAUAUUACUUGAUUGUAUUAUUUGCGAUUUUUUUAAGAUGAAAAAUAUUAGUUUAGGCCUUUGGAAACAUGUAGAUUUGCCGCUAUAUCUGCAUUCUAAUAUAUUAAUGUUACGUUAAUUAAGACGUCGAGAAAUGUGUAAAGUUAUAUAUACAUAUACAUAUAUAUAGAGCCUAAAAUACACAGAAGCUCUAAAUUUUUAGGACUUGUAAAUACGUCUACGAGAAUUUUUUAGAUUAAUAGAAUUCGUACAUAUAGGAUUUCGCACAUCCUAGGAACCAUCGAAUUUAAAGUCCACGUAUCCUAGGAAUCAUAUUUCUUAAACUCUUUUUAGAUUCUAGGAGCCGUACGUCCUAAAAGUUAUAGAUCUUGGGUGCGACGUUUCUCAGGAUCCUUAUAUCCUAGGACUCGUAAAGCGGGACUUGUGGAGUACAGAAACUAUUAGUCCUCGAGCCCAAUAGAUUCUAAGGCGCAUAUUUAAGAUACGUAUUUCUCAGGAUUUUUAAUAGAUCCUAAGAUCUACCUUAUAGGAAUCGUGAAACAAUGAAUUGAUAACAUUUUUGGGUCUACAACACCUAGGAUUCAUACUACUACAUUGAGAUCUUUAGAUUCUACGGUAUCUGUCGAUCCUAAAGUAAAUUUUUUCGGGAUCCUCAGGUCGUAGGAUACAAUAGAUUCUAAUUGAGGAUCCAUUAGCCAAUUAGCGUCCGCCUGCGUGCGGAGGGUACCCUAAGAAGGAGGUUCGUUCGAGGGUGGAGGGAGGAGGGAACACAUAGUGGUUCUCCUCUUAGUUUUUUUAUAUAUAAUUAAUAAAGAGCUACUUUUGCAUGUCCUGUGUAAACGUGCGCGAAUGUAUGCACGUUUCACAAGUCCGAUCGGCUGUUGCACAAUUGUUAUUAUGAUUUGUUUGUUACUGUCUAUAUCUCUCUUUUGCAAUUGAAUAUAUACAUAUAUUGGGUAUUAUUUAAUAAUAAUUUAUAUGACCAAACACAUAUGUGUAAAUAAUAAUUUCUUAUAAAUCCUACAUGGCAUCACA